AUGAGGACGCACGAUUCACAGCCACGGUUCAAGUGUGUGUAUCCACGUACAUUUUGCUCCCAUAAGACAGGCAAAUUUAACAGACAGUACGAUUUCAAGAAACAUUUAUUACAUUCCCAUUUUGUUUUAAGGGAUUACAAAGUGAUAAAGUUCAAAUCGCUUAAUCAGAAACUUGGUCAAGAGGGACAGUGUAUGUGUGGAAUGGCUAUGAUUGCGAGGGAUUGGCUUAACCAUAUCAUCGAUAUUGACGGCUUCGGUGAAUACAGCUGUGCGGAUCUCAAAGAAAAAUGGGCACUACAUCGUGCUGGUGUCCAGAAUCCAUCAGAUAAUACUUGA